AUGUCAGACUCUCAGAAAGCUGGUAGAAUCAUCCAUGCUGUUGCCGGGGGCUUAGGAGGAGCAGCAGCGUUGAUUGUAACGUACCCUCUUGUUGCUGUCUCAUGUCAUCAACAAACUAACAAGAAAAGACUCGAGCAAGAUGUUGAAGAAUUGAAGAAGGAAGCGGCCGCGGAAACCGAGGGGAAAGAAUUGGAGAAACAACCACCAAAGAAGAAAGUGGUUCCUGCUUUGGAAUUGAUCAAGACCAUUUAUCAAACCGACGGGAUUGCUGGUUUUUAUGCUGGUUUAGAAUCAGCCAUUUACGGCAUGGCCCUCACGAACUUUGUUUAUUACUACUUUUACGAGUCCACAGGCAGAGUUGUUAUUAAGAACCGUAACAUCAAGAAAAUAUCUCAGUUUUCGGUCUCCAAUCUCAAGAAUGUGGUCUUGGCAGGUCUAGGACCCUUCGAGAGCAUAAUCACUGGGCUCAUUGCCGGGUCUAUCACUGCGGUAGCUACUAAUCCGUUCUGGGUGGUCAACACCAGAAGUACGGUCAGUAAAACUGAUAAGAGCUUGCUCAGCAUUUUCCGUGAUGUUUAUCAAAAGGAAGGCAUCAAGACUUUCUUCAAUGGGGUGCUACCGGCACUUGUGCUUGUGAUCAAUCCAAUUAUCCAAUACACUAUUUUUGAACAAUUCAAGAAUGCCAUUGUGGGCAAAAACCAAAAGAGAAGCUUCAAGCCAAUUUACGCGUUUUUCAUUGGUGCAUUGGCUAAACUUAUUGCUACUGGUACAACCUACCCAUACAUCACUGUGAAAUCAAGAAUGCAUUUGAAGAACAAUGAAAAGAAGGCAAAAUCUUCUGACAUUGAUGAUGAAGAACAAAAUGCUUCGAUGUCAAAGUUGUUGAUGAAUAUUGUGAGAAAGGAAGGAUUUGCUGGCUUAUACAACGGAAUCUUUGUCAAGUUGUCGCAAAGUAUUUUCACAGCAGCUUUUCUAUUUUUCUUCAAAGAGGAACUAGUUAAUGUUUCAGUUAAGUUAUUCGGAUUAAUUAAGCGGUUGCAAGCUAAGAAAAUGAUCAAAAAAUAA